AUGCACACCAGAAACCUCGUUGUCCUCCUCCCAUUCCUCUCUUCGCAUGUCUCUGCGCAUACGUUCAUAUGGGGCGUCUUCGUGAACGGGGUCGACCAAGGCUCCUUCAAAGGCAUCCGCACGCCUCCCUACAACGGACCCCCUGGUGGUGGUGGUUACAACAAUUCGCCUGUCAAGAACCUCACGUCAAUUGAUAUCCGAUGCAAUGUUAUGGGGGAUAUUCAAGCACCGGAUACGAUUGUAGUCCGGCCGGGGGACAAUUUUACGUUUGACUGGCACCACGAUAAGAGAAGCACUAAUGACGAUGUCAUUGCUAGCUCGCAUCACGGUCCGUCUCUUGUCUACAUCUCCCCAGACCCACCGACCGAGAACUCCUUUGUCAAGAUCUGGCACGAGGGCCUGUAUGAAGAGUCUGUGUUCCCGAACCCAGGGAAGUGGUCCACGACGCAGAACAUUGCCGCCAACGGCGGAUCGAUGAAUGUCCGCAUACCUCCAGGGUUGAAGUCAGGACACUAUCUCAUCCGCGCCGAAAUGAUCGCACUCCACGAAGGCGAAGUCUCGUACCUCAACGUGCCCGCCCGCGGCGCCCAAUUCUACCCCAACUGCGUGCAGAUCGAGGUAGUGGAUGGCGGCGACGUCGAGCUACCACAGGGCGUCUCCUUCCCAGGUGCUUAUGAUUACGAUACUCCUGGUAUCGUCUACGAUGUCUACUGCUCCACCGAAACCCCCAAAACCCCCCGCGCCACCCCUUGCACCACCCGCUACCCCAUCCCCGGCCCUACCGUCUGGACCGGCGCCUGGGCAGACACCACCUCAGUGCCCCGCGGGCCCAUCGAGGGACCUACAACGCAUACGUCGUGGUCGACGUGGAUCCGGACAUCGACGGUUACGUCGGCGUCGUACACGGAUAAGAAGAGCAUCAGUGUCGUUGGGACCAGUGUGUAUACGCCUAGUUGGAGUACGACGUAUCAGACCCCGGUAGCGGCGACGGGGCGGUGGUAG